GAACUGAAGACAACCUUUCUCGGGCCGGUUUGAGGUUGGACCGGCGAUUAAUAGUGGAUCGAGAAAACGAGGGAUUUUGGUGGAACUGAUUGAUGGAAGCGGCCUCCCCGGUGGUGGUGGUCGACGCAGCCGGGACGACGGGGGUUGAAGGAGAAGAAUCGGAAGUGUUCUCUCCUUCGGAUGUCGAGUAUAUAAGCUACGGGGGAGAGCAUCAUCUCCCUCUAAUCAUGGGUCUCGUCGAUCAGGAGCUCAGCGAACCCUACUCCAUCUUCACCUACCGAUACUUCGUCUACCUGUGGCCUAACCUCACCUUUCUGGCGUUUCACAGGGGGAGGUGUGUGGGGACGGUGGUCUCUAAGAUCGGAGAGCAUAGGAACACCUUCCGGGGGUACAUUGCAAUGUUGGUUGUCAUCAAGCCUUACAGGGGCAGAGGCAUUGCAACUGAACUUGUUACCAGAUCUAUCAGAGUGAUGAUGGAAUCUGGAUGUGAGGAGGUAGCAUUAGAGGCGGAGGUAACAAAUAAGGGAGCCCUUGCAUUAUAUGGCCGUCUAGGAUUUAUAAGAGCGAAGCGGCUGUACAGAUAUUAUUUGAAUGGAGUAGAUGCUUUUCGCUUAAAACUACUCUUCCCUCAGUGGCACCACUCACCAACAACAAACAAAGAUGGUGUUCAUCUGCAUGAUAAUCAAUACGGUGAGACCCAGAUUGUGCCAUGAUCCUUGAUGUUUCUGGGUGAAGCACCUCCAGACUAAUCAAAAUGGUUGAUUUGAUAGUUCACCAUCGCAUUUUGAUGCUAAGGCUAAUAAUCUAGAUCUGGAAAUACUUGUGCUUUUUACUCGGAUGUCAUUUGAGGUAAGCACUAUUGUGUGUUGUGAUUUUUUUUUUUUUGUUAUAUACAUUGCAUAAGUUUCUCAAUUAUAUUAAGUUGCAUCGGAAUUUAAUUUGGAAA